AUGCCUCGUAAAAUUUUAACAUUGAAAGAAAAUAUUGAACUUUUAGAGUAUUCCAAACAUCAAAAAAGCAGUGUCCGAAAAUUGGUAGAACACUUUAAAAUUGGAAAGACUCAGGCAGCAGACAUCAUUAAAAAUAGAGAAAAACUAAUGAAACUUUGGUGUGAAAAUGGAAAUAAGAACCAAAUUAGAAUAUCCUCGGAAAACGGACCUGGAUUUAAAAUUGAUAGAUGCGUUUUUGAUUGGUUUUCUGAAGUUAGAAGCAAAAAAUAUCCUGUAUCUGGACCAAUGUUACAGGAAAAGGCUAGAGAGGCAGCUGAGAAAUUGGGGAUAAAGGAUUUUAAAGCUUCUAAUGGAUGGUUAGAAAAGUUCAGAAAGAGGCACAUUUCUUUUAAAUCAAUAAGCGGAGAGUCCGCUUCUGUGGAUACUGACAUGGUUAAAGAAUGGUUGGAGAAGCUGCCUUCCUUAUUGAAGGACUAUGCACUCGAUGACGUAUUAAAUACUGAUAAGACUGGUCUUUUUUUCGGGCAUUACCGGAAAAAACUUCGUGUUUAA